GGAGCAUUACCAAAUCCACCUCAUUUCAACGAAUCCCAUCUGGUUCGCCUGCUCUCUCUCUCUCGUCGCAAAUGGGGAAAGCGAAGCAAGCCGUGGACUACUUCGUGGUGGAUGCUUUCACUGAUUCUCCGUUCAAGGGCAAUCCGGCGGCCGUGUGCUUGCUGGAAGAGGAGCGAGACGAGGCCUGGCUACAAUCGCUGGCCGCGGAGUUCAAUGAUAAUGCCUCCCAUACCCUUUUCACGAAUGGAUUCGUGGACUCUGAUACGAUCGAGUUCGAAACCCUGUCCGGAAUUCUGACUGCCAAAAGAGUUCCUGCUGCUGCUGCUGCUGCUAGUAGCCCACUCAGUGAUGGGGAAGCGAAAGAUAGCUUCCUCAUUGAACUAAAUUUCCCUACUGUCCCAACUACUGAGUUCAACUAUGCUGCCACGGCUGUUGAUGAUGACAUUGCUACCAUCUCCAAGGCAUUGAGAGGUGUUUCGAUUGUGGAUAUGAGACGGACCACCACUGCAGAAGACCUCUUUCUGGUGCUGCCGUCUGGUGAAGCUGUGUUGGGAUUGGAGCCGAAUUUCGGUGAGAUAGUGAAGUGUCCUGGCAGGGGAAUCAUCGUCUCCGGUGCAGCUCCUUCCGGGUCUGGAUUCGAUUUCUACAGUCGAUUCUUUUGCCCCAAGUAUGGGAUCAAUGAGGAUCCAGUUUGUGGCAGUGCUCAUUGUGCGUUAGCACCCUACUGGAGCAAAAAGCUGGGGAAAUCAGAUUUCCUGGCGUAUGCGGCGUCACCCAGGAGCGGAGUGCUCAACAUUCAUCUCGACGAGGUCAACGAGAGGGUGAUGCUGCGUGGGAAAGCCGUCACUGUUAUGCAGGGCUCUGUUCUUGUAUGAUAUUUCACCUUUGUAUCAGGAAAAAAAUUCAUCUUCUACGCAUUUCAGCUUCUCCGUUGGGAUUCAUUCGAGAUAAGCAGAAUAGUAACACUCUAAUGUGGUCAGACACUACUUUUGCACUUGAAUCCACCCUUCUCCUGGAGGGUUCCAUUCCCAUUUCUAGAGAUGCUUCUAUCUCUCUAUCGGUUCAACCUCAUCUGAAUUGUCUGAAAAAAAGAUUGUUGGUCGAUCUCAGCCUGAUCUCCCAUUAUUU